CUGGGUCCCUGGAGGGCUGGGCCCCUGAGACAGGCAGUGCCCUGCUCUGGGGGCAGCAGUUGCUGUAACAGCAGUUACAGCUGCCCGUUGCUCUGAACGCCCUGUUGGUCUGUUUGCUCAGGAUGCAGCCAUCAGAAACCUGCGGCCCCUUCCGGGGGCUGGAAACCAUCUACAAGUCAGGGAAGAGGUGGGUGCUAGUGCUGGAGCAGUCCAACCCCAACAUCACCUGGUUUGCCUGGGUCUACCAGCACCUGCUGGAGAACACAUGCCUACUGUUCUUCAUGUCCGUGGCCCUGAUAGCUGUGAUCUACUUCAACAUCCAGGUGGUGAGAGGCCGCCAGAAGGUCAUCUGCCUGCUGCAGGAGCAGAUUGCCAAUGAAGGGAAGGAUAAGCUGUUCCUCAUGGAGAAGCUCCGCUCCGUGUACAAGUACAGAGGCAGGCGCUCCUGAGUGCCAGGAAGGAAUGGGAUGGAACAGACUCUGCUUGCAGCUGGGACUGAAUCUGUGCAUCAGAGCACAGCGCUGGAAGCUGGGGGACCAUGGAGUGCUGGGGAAGAUCCUCCUCUUGCCAUGGCCAAGGACCCGUUGGGAGGUGUCAUUGGGAGUGCUGCAUCCCAGGGAUGCAGGAGCUCCUGCUGCCUGGAGCUGCUGGGAUGCAGCAGGCGCGGGACCCAGCCUGCCUACACACCCCAGGGCACAGCAGGACUGCUUCACCUCACAGCCCUGCUCCAUGGGGCUCACUACUUGCAGAGAACUGCCCUUCAGCUCUCCCUCCUGCCAGCGUGCCCUGGCUGUUCUCAGAAUCCUUUGGGGACCAUGAGCUUUCUCCACAACCACCUUCACCUGCCUAGGGGCAGCAGGCUUGGGGCCAGCUCCAGCCCAGUGCUCACCAGGAGAGCAGCAGGCUGACUGCGGCCACACAAACGAGGUCACUGGGCCACCCCCAGCACCGCCUGGUGGGACAGACCUGGAGGAAUCUCCGUGCUGCCGAGGGCUGGGCUGGGCAGGGCUCUGCGGGCCCAAUUAAAGUGCUGCUGUGCGGGAGUGCUCGGGCUGGUGUCUGGACCUGUCGGGCUGGAAGCAGGCAGGGUUGGUGUCAGUGCUGCUGGUGGUGGUGACUCAGCAGCAGUGUAGGGCUGUGCUCGGGCUCCUUGGCACAGCCUGCUUUCCCUUGGAGUGCCUGGGGCAGAGCCCACACUGCUGGA